AUGAAUCGACGACAAUCGUCAAGACGUCAUGCAUGCUUCCGAUGUAUUGAAUUGAAAGUCAAAUGUUCUAUACAAGGCAAUGACAAAGAGUGUCAACGUUGCUCUCGAUUGGGCCGUCCUUGUGAUUUCCCGAGCACUCCGCCGAAUAAUCCAGGUAGAAAAAGCCGGAUUGACGAGCUUCAAGACCAGAUCAAUGAGCUUCGCAAUCAGCUAACACAAAGGGGAAGACGGGGGAGUGUGCGGACACGGCAUGUCCGGAGAUGAGGUAGCGCCAGAUACUCUACAUGAAUAUAAUGCGUCAAUUAAAUACACAAAGUCCAUCUCUCCGUACCCUCGCUUGGGCGAGCGUGGCGACUUGUUGACUCACGGUGUCCUCACCUUAGCUCAGUGUAACCGACUCCUGGACAAGUUUCGCACGGUCAAAAUGCCGCAGUUUCCGUUUGUCAUAAUUACCGACUCAAUGAAUGCAAUCAGUCUUCGCCAGGAAUAUCCUUUCUUAUUGGUGGCUAUCAUGACUGUCAGUUCGGAAGACAGACCGGCCUUACAAAAGGAUCUGGACCAUGAAGUCAAGCGAACCGUCAGUACACGUAUCAUUAUGAACAACGAACGGAACAUAGAUCUACUCUUGGGUCUUCUUGUCUACACAGCAUGGUACCAUUAUCAUUGGGAGUCGAUGCUGCCACACAUGUACAUGUUCCUUCAAAUAACUGUCACAAUGGUUGCUGAUCUUGGGCUCGAUCGGCAGCCCAACUUCACUAUGCGGAACAUUGCAGCCAGCUUAGGAAGGCCCAACAGUGCACAUCAGCGACUAGCGAGUGAUUCAGCCACCGGAAAGAGGGCUCUCCUGGGGACAUUUUAUUUGUGCUCUGUGUCGUCGCUUUUCCGACAGCAGUUGUUCAUGAAACACACCGAUUGGAUUAAUCAAUGCUGUGAUAGUUUGAUGAAGAGUCCUGAAUUCCCAUCAGAUACACUUCUGAAAACCUAUAUAGACGUGAGGGUGCUAGCUCAAAAGAGUGCAGAGGUAUUCAACGGCAAUGUGCACAGGCAUAGAGAUUCACCCUUACAUGGAGAACGGAUAUUAGAGGCGGGCAUCCAGAGGCUCGAUCACAAAUUUUGUUUAUUUCAAGAGAUCGAAUACGAAGCUCGACAACACGGAAGUGGCACGUACGCAUAUAUAUUUGAAGUGAAAAUCAAACCCGUUCUUGUUCUUGGACAAAUAGUCUACCACAGGAAUGACAGGUUCCUCCUCGACGAAAUGAACCAGCUUGGUAAUCUUAUUUCAUCAGCAGAGAGCGUCAUUACGUCCUUCCUUAAGUCCUUACCAGAAAUCGUGGUCCACCUCCCUCUACCAUUUUAUACAUAUCUCUGGUAUGCACUGUUAGUCCUUUCGAAGGUCCUUUUGUUGUCCGACCUUGAGUGGGAAAAAACAACUGGGUUUGGACGGAGAAUCCAUGGAAUCGGGCGAGCGGCAAUCGAAAAGCAUGGGGAAGUCUCACGUGGUAAUGAUGUUUGGGCAAAUAGCAAGAGGGUCAUAGGCAGUAUGAUAUCCUGGCUGGAGAAGCAUCAAGACUUACCAGGGCCGAAACAGAGGCUGCGAAACCAUCCGAGCUUGAUGAUGCAGCACUCUACAGUUGUUAACGAGAUUACCCACUGCCCUUCGGCUUCUGCGGACUCAGAUUCAAACGAAUCAGGAAGGCACUUCCCCUUCCCUACAAAUCAGCCUGACCCAGGCCAAGUGGCGACCGAGUUCAGAUUUGGUCAAAUUGCUUUAGAGGGUAUGGGCGACGGGGUGGAUGACUGUUGGGAUGCAAUACUAUGGCAGCAAAUGCUAGAAGGACCAGUGUUCCCAGGGUUGCCUUCUUCCCUACACAUGUCUAGCUCGGAGUGCUUCUAUAAUUAGCAGUUUCAAUUCCGCAGACAGAGGACAUGUAAAAAGCUAUCUAUCUUCUCCCUCCUUUCACGGUUCCGUGGUUGUCGUAAUGGUUGUGGAUGGAGCUUGAGCCAGCCAAGACCAAUCACGGAGAGGGAAAAUGCU